CUUGUACCCGCACAUGUUCUCCAGAGCCUACAUCAACUUCAAGAACCAGGAAGACAUAGUCCUCUUCAGGGAUCGCUUCGAUGGCUAUGUUUUUGUCGACCACAAAGGUCAGGAAUAUGCUGCCAUAGUUGAGUUUGCACCUUUCCAAAAAGCUGCAAAGAAGAAGAGUAAGAAGAAGGAUGCCAAAACUGGAACUAUUGAAGAUGAUCCAGAAUACAAGAAGUUUUUGGAAAGUUACAGUGCAGAUGAUGAAAAAUUAACCUCCACUCCUGAAACUUUGUUGGAGGAAAUCGAGGCAAGAAACAAAGAGCUAAUAGCUAAAAAGACCACUCCUUUAUUGAACUUCCUGAAAAACAAACAGAGACUGAGAGAAGAAAAAAGAGAGGAGAGAAGGAGGAGAGAAUUGGAAAGGAAAAGACAAAGAGAAGAAGAAAGAAGAAAAUGGAAAGAGGAGGAGAGAAGGAAGAGAAAAGAAGCAGAAAAAUUGAAGAAAGUAGACAGAUGCCCAGAAAAAGAAAGAGACAGAUCAAAAGAAGAACCAAAGAUUAAGCUACUUAAGAAGCCUGAAAAAGAUGAAAAAGACUUGGAGAGAAAAGAAAAAUCCAAGAAACUGGAAAGAGAGACUCUGAGGGAGGAAAAAAAUGCGAGUAGUGCAUCUGCCAAACGAUCUGAUGGGGAGACAAAAGAAGAGAAGGCAAAAAAAUCAGAAGAUGAGUGUGUAAAGGACUACAGGGACCGAGAUAGAGAUUUUGACAGAGACAGAGAAUAUGAGAGAGCACAGAGAGAGAAACUGAGACGCCAAGAAGAGGAGCGUCGGAGGCAGAAAGAGCGCUAUGAGAAAGAGAAGGUUUUUAGAAGAAAAGAGGAAGAGGUGAAAAAGGAGAGAGACUUACUCAGAGAAAAGGGAAAGAAAAGUGAUCUUACAGACUUUACCAGCAGCAUGGACAAAUCUGAGAAAGUAACCAAAGACGAUAAAAAAGAGGAUACAAUUAAGAGGGAUCGUAUCAGAAACAAGGACCGCCCAGCCAUGCAGCUGUACCAGCCAGGAGCCCGAAGCCGCAGCAGAUUGUGUCAGUAUGAAGACAGUGCUGCAAAGCCCUCAGAGCAGGGAGCGGAUAAGAAACAAGAGAGUGAGACCAGUAAUACGAAGGAAGAGGAGUGAAUAGCAUGCAAGCCUUAUGUGUUCUGACUGUCUGUGCAGCCAAAGAGCAUGUACUACGCAAUCCAGAAGUGCCUUCGAAGCGAAGAAGGAACACAGGAAGCAAAGGGGGCAUUGUGCUGUUGGAUGUUUCUGGUUAAAAAAACCUCAGUUGUAGAUUUGGAAUU